UCUAAAGCUUACUUAAACUUUGCAACAACAACAAGUUUUCAUCAUAUUCACCACUCCAUCUCUCUCUACACACUACAGUGCUCUCUUUCCUUUAUUCUUUCCUCUCACAUUCUCAUGGUAACUAUUUCUCUCCCAAAUCCCAACUAAGUUUCUGCAGAUUUGUAUCUUCAAUGGAGAGCAACCCAGUUCAACUUUUCUGUCUUCUUGCUCUAGUACUCCUCUUUAUGGGGCAACUUUCAGAUUCUGCAACUGAACAAGGAGUUCUUUCUUCCAAAACUGAUGCAGCAGCUCUUCUGGCAUUCAAGAAUAUGAUCCAAAAGGACCCGAACGGAGUCCUUUCAGGGUGGAAGCUUGCAAGGAACCCAUGCACCUGGUAUGGAGUCUCAUGCUCACAGGGAAGAGUCACUCAACUUGAUCUUAGUGAGUGUUAUUUUAUAGGAACUAUAGUUCUUGAUCCUUUGGCAUCUCUGGACAUGCUGUCUAUUUUGAAGUUAUCUGGAAACUUUUUUACCAUAAACUCAACUUCCCUGCUUCAACUCCCAUACGGAUUGAAGCAGCUUGAUUUGUCUUUCUCUGGACUUUCUGGUCUGGCCCCUGAUAAUUUUUUCUCCAAGCAUUCAAACCUGGAAUAUGUCGAUCUUUCUCAUAACAACUUAACAGGUCUUCUACCUGAAAGUAUUUUGUGGAAUUCUGAUAAGUUGCAGGCUCUUGAUCUCUCUUACAACAACCUCACAGGGUCCAUUUCAGGCUUGAAAUUCGAGAAUUCUUGCAAUUCCUUGUUGCACCUUGAUCUGUCUCGAAACAGCAUCAUGGAUUCCAUUCCCCUCUAUCUUUCAAAUUGUACAAAUCUCAAAACUUUGAAUCUUUCAUUCAAUUUGCUCACAGGAGAGAUCCCGGGAUCACUGGGGGAGCUCAGAAGUUUACGGAUAUUGGAUCUUUCUCACAAUCACCUCAUUGGUUGGAUUCCUUCCGAGCUGGGAAAUUCAUGUGGCUCACUUCUAGAGCUUUGUCUUUCUUAUAACAACAUUUCAGGCCCAAUCCCUAUUUCGUUUUCUUCCUGUUCUUGGCUGAAAGUUCUAGAUUUAUCCAACAACAAUAUAUCUGGCCCCCUUGCAGAUUCUAUGCUUCAGAAUCUUGGUUCACUGGAGAGAUUAAUGUUGAGUCACAACAUCAUCUCUGGAUCAUUUCCCACUUCCAUUUCAUCAUGUAAGAGUCUGCGAAUUGUCGACCUCAGUUCCAACAAGUUCUAUGGUAGAAUUCCACCAGAUAUAUGUCCAGGAGCUGCUGCACUUGAAGAGCUGAGAAUUCCAGAUAAUCUCAUUACAGGAGAAAUCCCGUCUCAGUUAUCACAAUGUCCACAGCUGAGAACAAUUGAUUUCAGCUUAAACUAUCUCAAUGGUUCAAUUCCAGGAGAACUUGGGAAGCUUGAUAAUCUUGAGCAGCUGAUGGCAUGGUUUAAUGACUUGGAAGGGAAAAUUCCACCAGAAUUAGGGAAAUGCAGAAGCUUCAGAGAUCUUAUUCUCAACAACAAUCGCCUCAGCGGUGAAGUUCCUGUUGAACUGUUCAACUGCAGUAAUCUUGAAUGGAUAUCUCUGUCAAGCAAUCAAAUCACUGGCACUAUCCCUCAAGAAUUUGGCCUUUUGUCAAGACUUGCUGUUCUACAGCUUGGAAAUAAUAGUUUGACUGGUGAGAUACCGAGAGAGCUAGCAAACUGCAGCAGCUUGGUUUGGUUAGAUUUGAACAGCAACAACCUCACAGGAGAAAUCCCCCCUCGCCUUGGCCGGCAGCCUGGAGCAAAAUCAUUGAGUGGAAUUCUUUCUGGCAACACCUUGGUGUUUGUAAGGGUUGUGGGGAAUUCCUGUAAAGGAGUUGGAGGGCUCUUGGAAUUUUCAGGAAUCCGACCUGAAAGACUGCUACAGAUCCCAACAUUAAGAAGUUGUGAUAUCACUAGAAUGUAUUCUGGACCAAUCCUCAGUCUCAUCGCACAAAAUUACCCAACAUUAGAGUAUCUAGAUCUGUCUUACAAUCAGCUCCGCGGCAAGAUUCCAGACGAAUUUGGAGAAAUGGUGGCAUUGAAAGUUCUUGAAUUAGCACAUAACCAGCUAUCUGGAGAGAUUCCUUCAUCAUUUGGCAAUCUAAGAAAUUUAGGUGCCUUUGAUGCUUCAUAUAACAGGUUGCAGGGCCAAAUUCCAGAGUCAUUCGCAAACUUGUCUUUCUUGGUGCAAAUUGAUCUUUCAAAUAAUGAAUUGACAGGGCCAAUUCCACAAAGAGGGCAACUCAGUACACUUCCAGCAAGCCAAUAUGCAAACAACCCAGGACUUUGCGGGGUUCCAUUGCCCGAAUGCCGGAAUGGCGAUAAUCAACCAGCUCCCAAUCCUGAUUUGCAAGGUAGCAAAGGACACAAACCAGCUGUUGCUUCAUGGGCAAAUAGCAUUGUCUUAGGGAUUCUCAUUUCAACAGCUUUUGUUUGCAUUUUGAUUGUGUGGGCAAUUGCAAUGCGAGCAAGGCGAAAGGAAGCAGAGGAAGUCAAGAUGCUUAAUAGCCUACAAGCUUCUUAUGCGGCCACAACAUGGAAGAUUGAUAAAGAGAAAGAACCACUGAGUAUCAAUGUUGCAACAUUUCAAAGGCAGCUAAGGAAGCUCAAAUUUUCCCAACUUAUUGAAGCAACCAAUGGUUUCUCAGCAGCAAGCCUUAUAGGAAGUGGUGGAUUUGGAGAAGUAUUUAAAGCAACACUGAAGGAUGGUUCAAGCGUUGCAAUUAAGAAGCUCAUUCGAUUGAGCUGCCAGGGUGAUCGCGAAUUCAUGGCUGAAAUGGAAACUUUAGGGAAGAUAAAGCACAGGAAUCUUGUCCCUCUAUUAGGUUAUUGCAAAGUCGGUGAGGAAAGGCUUCUUGUUUAUGAGUUCAUGGAGUAUGGCAGCCUUGAAGAAAUGCUCCAUGGAAGGGCAAAGACACGAGAUCGACGGAUCCUAAGUUGGGAGGAAAGAAAAAAGAUUGCAAGAGGUGCUGCCAAGGGACUCUGUUUUCUGCACCACAAUUGCAUUCCGCAUAUCAUACAUAGAGACAUGAAGUCAAGUAAUGUGUUACUUGACCAUGAGAUGGACGCCAGAGUAUCGGAUUUUGGAAUGGCAAGGCUCAUAAGUGCUCUUGACACCCAUCUAAGUGUAAGCACAUUGGCAGGUACGCCUGGUUACGUCCCACCAGAGUACUACCAAAGUUUCAGGUGCACGGCGAAGGGCGAUGUAUACUCAUUCGGAGUUGUCCUCUUGGAACUCUUGACAGGAAAACGCCCAACUGAUAAAGAGGACUUCGGGGACACCAACUUAGUUGGCUGGGUUAAAAUGAAGGUGAAAGAAGGAAAACGAAAGGAAGUCAUGGACCAGGAAUUACUAUCGCUAAACAAAGGAACCGAUGAAGCUGAAGCUGAACUUAAAGAGAUGGUCAGGUACUUGGAAAUAACACUGCAGUGUGUGGAUGACUUCCCUUCCAAAAGGCCUAAUAUGUUGCAGGUGGUGGCCAUGCUAAGAGAGCUGAUGCCUGGAUCAGCCAAUGGAAGCAACAACAGUGCAUGAUAAAAGGGUAUCGUUCUCUCAAUAUGAUUUGUGUAGCAAGAUAAGUGUUUCAAUAUAUGUUGCGUUUUUGAUGUACCUAUUAUGCAAGGUUUAAUUUUGCUUUCAUUAUAAGUAUCAACAGUGAGAGCAGAUAUAUUGACAUAUAACUAUAAAGAACAGCAAAUCUU